GUUAUUGCAAACAUGUAAUUAAACCUGCUUGUAUAGAUGGCCAGAUGGGAUGCGAUAUUGUCACUCCCUGUACAGAAUCCACCAACUUUAGAGUUCUCUUCAAACGAUAUUGUUUGGUCGAGAGUGGAAGGUUGGCGUGAUAACCUAGACAGAGUUGCCCUAAUCCCAUUUGCCAGAGUAGAUGAUUUUGUUCAGGGAGAAUCAAACAACAGUAAUUGCCCUACGAGAUUCCAUGUUGAAGCAAGAAGGCGUAGAUCGCCAAAAUCGAACUGCAAGCCAAAGGUUGAUGGAAUUCUUGAGUAUAUCCUGUAUUGGUGCUCAUUCGGACCAGAUGACCAUAGAAAGGGUGGUUUGGUUAGACCAAGCAGGAACACUUAUAUCCCUAAAAAGAAAUCUGUUGGACGGCCAAGUACAAAGAGAGGCUGCACUUGUCAUUUUAUUGUGAAACGUUUAAUAGCUGAACCAUCUGUAGCACUUGUGAUUUACAAUCAGGAUAAACAUGUGGAUAAAAAAGGUUCACACUGUCAUGGCCCGCAGGAUAAGAUGUCAGUUGGUACUCGUGCUAUGUUUGCCCCAUAUAUAUCGGAGGAUCUUCGUUUACGAAUCAUGUCACUAUUAUAUGUUGGAGUGCCUGUAGAAACUAUAAUGCAAAGGCACAGUGAAUCUGUUGAAAGUCAAGGUGGGCCGAGCAAUCGUGAUGAUCUUUUAGCUCAUAGAUAUGUUCGUAUUCAGGAGAGGAAUAUUCGUCGUUCUAAAUAUGAAUUGGAUCCCGAUGAUGCUGUUAGUAUCAAUAUGUGGGUUGAAAGCCAUCAGAAUCAAGUUUUCUUUUAUGAAGAUUUCUCUGAUUCCAAUCCUUUCGCUGUGGGUAUUCAAACUGAGUGGCAGUUGCAACAAAUGAUAAAAUUUGGUAACCGUAGUCUUCUGGCAUCUGAUUCGAGAUUUGGAUCGUAUAAAUUGAAGUAUUCAAUUCACAGUCUUGUGGUUUUCAACUCGGAGAAUAAGGCUAUACCCGUGGCAUGGGUACUGACUUCGAGAUUAUCUAGUGGUGAUACUGUUAGGUGGAUGAGGGCUCUUUGCAAUAGAGUUCAUACAAAAGAUCCUUCAUGGAAAUUGGCUGGAUUCAUAAUUGAUGACCCUGUAGCUGACAUUCAAGCAAUCAGGGAGGUGUUUCAGUGCUCUGUAUUGAUAUCAUUUUGGCGUAUCCGUCAUGCAUUACACAAAAACAUAGUUAAGAGAUGCUCAGAAGUAGAGAUGCGUUCUGCAAUCUCAAAAUGGUUGGGCCAGGCAGUCAAUGAAAUCUGUACAGGAAAUGGAACUGUACGAUUAUUCGACGAUUUCUUGGAAGAUUUUGUCGAUAGCUAUGACUUCACAGAUUACUUUAAGGCUGUUUGGUAUCCAAGAAUUGGUUUAUGGACAACAGCCCUUAAAAACCUUCCCCUUGCCAGCCUGGAAUCUUGUGCAGCAAUGGAGUUUUACCAUAACCAGAUGAAACUUAGAUUGUUAAACGAUUCCGAUUCCAAUUCUUAUCAACGAUCUGAUUGGUUAGUCUACAAGUUAUCCACUAAAGUUCAUUCGUAUUUCUGGCUCGACGAAUAUUCAGGAAAGGACGAUUUCCAGCGUUAUUGGAAGAACGAACGUUCCUGCGGUCUAACGUCGUGGAAUAAAUCAUUAAAAAUCCCUGAUUCUGACAUCGUGUAUGAAAAUGACGAUACACAUGCAAGAGUAAUUGAUACUGAGGAUAAAGAUAAGUUUCAUAUUGUUCGAAACCCGGGAUCAGAAUUUGCCUUGUGCGACUGCGGGGUUUCCGAAAUGGGAAACCUUUGUGAACAUGUGUUGAAGAUUAUUAAGAUUUUGAGGAAAAGAGGAUUGGCAUUGCCUUCUGUUGGAAUGGUUCAGUUUAAUAAGGCGGUUACUGAUUUAUUUCAAUGUCCACCACACGAUUCACUUUUUCGAGAUUAUGCUGUAUCUUUGGCGGUUUGGGUUCAAUCUCAGUUAGAUCGAAGAUAUCUGGAUGAGAAUGAAGAAAAUCGAAAGUCUAGUUCUUUGGUUGAUCAUAUUGCUGAUAAGGAGUCUUAGUGAAGCUGUAGUAGUGAAUUCGAAUUCUACAAAUGUUGCGAAAAAAAUAUAUGAUUUUGUGAGAUCAAUAGGUCUAUAAUUGACUGCGGUUACAGAAAACAGCGGAGAUGAUGCAGAUGAAAUCGGGUUCAAUAACUAGGAAGAUUUCUUUUAAACCCGUAUACAAUAUGAUGGUUUUUGGCGGAUUUCUUGACACUUGAUGUAGGUUUUAUUUUUUGAAAUAAUCUGAUAUUUGUUUUUGUAAAAAUUUCUGUUUGGUUAAAAAUUGGAAUUUUGAGUUUAUAAUUGACUUAAAUAUUUGUUAUCUA